AUGGCGGACAAAGGAAUGGAUCACUGCGCCAACCCACGCAAAAGAAGCGUCAGGCAGGACGAAAUCAGCAGCCAAUACCCGUGCAUGAAGGCGUUCGUUUACGUGGAAGGUGCUGAAUCCGUUAGCGCCUGCCAAAGAGGGAGUACCUUCCUCCCGCGCCCUCGUUCUGCAAGAGCGCACCACAUCACCUCACACACCCGUCCGGCCUCGUCUGUUCCUCCCUCUUUUCUCGAUUUCACUCCGGUCCACUCGCUGCAAAACCCCGCCCACGGCUCGUCGAUCACGCACCAAACACCUCGCCCAACUUCCAGUCGACAUCGACAAGUCACUCACUCUUUCAUAUCACAAACGAACAAAGACGACUCGCUCGCUCUUUCCCCGGACUCACUCAUUAACCCUCUUACGGCCGGCCCACUGGUUUUACUGAAAAUCCACGCCAUACUUUAUCACCUGUCUCUCUGGUCGCAGCCUACUACACUCGACCCAUUUGAAUAUUAUCCAUCUGCAGCCGCCCGUCACCAAGGAAAUUCCCCUCCGACGUCAGACACGACAAGCAGCAACAGCUUUAGAAAGCGCGACAACACCUUGCUUCUGGUUCAUGUUUCGCCUCUGACCCGCAGCAGCACAAGACAAGCCAGACACUCGUGGGAGAUUGAGUCUUCCACCUCAAUUCCCAAGCUGGCGCCUAUAUUUGAGCCCCAGCGUGCCUCUGUCGGUACCCUGACUACAGACUCGUCCCACAGCAACCCCGCUGCUGGACAACGCCGCAAGAGCAGCAACGGCUUUUGGGGCAGCGUGAUGAGCUCGCGCAAGCCUUCGCAUUUCCAAACAGACUCCGCCCAUUCUGCCAAAAUCGCCAUCUACUCAUCCACUGCCGACUGCGACGCCGACGACGAAGCCACAAUGUCCUCAGAAGAGGCUUCACAUCAACAGCGCCCGGCCAGUGUCCACAUGGCAGCAUCCGCUCCCGCAUCCGUUCCCACAUCGGCAACAUCAUCGACGCGGCCAAUGUCCUCGGAAUCAGCACCUUUCUGCCCGAGGAGGCCGAACCUGCGCGAAAUACUCGCAAACACAGCACCUGCACCAUGGACUCUCGCCGCCUUCAUGGCAUACCUAUCCAACAACCACUGCCUGGAAACUCUAGAAUUUACAAUGGACGCCGGAAGGUACAAGAAGCACUUCCAUAGAAUGAUGAACAAGGCUCCUGUCCCCGGCCAACCCACAGAACACGAUGCCAACUACGUCAAGGAGCUAUGGGUUCGUUUGAUGGAGGCCUACAUCCAGCCCAACGGUUCGCGUGAGGUCAAUUUACCGUCACAAGUCCGCGACCCCAUCCUCGGACACAAGCCCGCCAACACCCUCCCUCCGGAACCUUCAGUGCUCGAGCCUGCGGUGUCCAAGACCUAUGAGUUGAUGGAGGAGUCUGUCCUAGUUCCUUUCCUCAACAGCGUAUACCCUCAAUCACCUACGCCCGUCAGCCCCUACUACUCCAACAACUCUAACGAAAGCAUGUCGACGCCCGUCGAAGAGAAGUCAUCACGCUUCGGCCGCCGUAGUCGCCACUCGUCGAGAGGUAGCCCCCCUCCUCUCAGCGCCAGCUCUGUAGAGUUCUCCGCUUCUUCCUACUCACCUCCCUCCCUGAACAAUCGCAAGUCCGCUCCUUCGGCACUCACCACCGCCCUCUCUCGUCACCGCUUCUCUACAAAGCUUAGCCCUACCAGCUCUGCUCCAUCUCAUUCUCUAUCGGCCGCUCUUAGCAGCACAAGUAGUGCAAGUGAUGCCAUCUACUCCGGACCCGGACUCACCGACGACUCUGGUAGCAGCGGGUCGCCGAUCAACGACUGCCCAAUGACUCCACCUGUCACUCCACCAAUGAGCGACAUCAGUGGCAGCCCUAGAACGCAUAGAGACAGCGGUGCCUGGAAGAAGUUGGGCCGCUUGAGUGGCUGGAAGCCAUCACGAAAGAGAAGCCAGCCAGGCUUCGACCUCCACACCACAUGA